AGAAGAGAAUCGGUCCGCCAGUUUCGUCGUCGCACCAUGGGGUUGCUGGCAAUCAAUCGGCUCGUGUCUAUGCAGCCGGAUUGGCGUCGCCGGCCAACUCAAGGCCGCAAUGGAUUGGUGACUUCAUCCGUAGCCAAAAGAAAGGGCUCACCCUGCAGUCUACAUGAUGACAAUUCUGGGAGUGUUAAAAAAUCGAGAUGUUCAGGACCAGGCCUUCCUGAGAACCUAUGCAUUGAUGCUUUAUUAGGUCGCCAAGACGUUGUUCAUUAUCCUUGGGCCGAUCUUCUGCACAUGGUGCCACAUCUUGAAGAUCUCGAAAUAUCUUCGUAUUGUGCGAGGGAUACACAGGUGGUGCCUGGCAAAUUCCUCCACCUCCAAUGCCUAUGUAUUGGGGCUUUUAACCCAGACUAUGAUUAUUUAUCUCUGGUUUCUUUUCUCGAUGCGUGUCCUUCCUUGGAGACUUUCAUAUUAUCCGUAGAUGCGGGUCGCGUGAGGCAAGAAUCGGUUUUAGGAGAAUCUUCGCAUGAUCUAAGGCAGAUGCCAGGACACGUGCAUAGGAACAUAAAGGAUGUGGUUAUCAUUGGCUUUUGUUCUGCAAAGAGCAUGGUUGAGCUAACAUGCCAUAUGCUUGAGAAUGCGAAGUCGCUAGAGUACCUUACACUGAACACCUCUUCGAACCCUGAAAUUUUGUGCUCUGAUAGUGAAAAUGGUAGAUGCCUCCCGAUGAGCAAGCAUAUGAGGAUGGAAGCCCGCAGAGCGCUCUUGGCUGUGGGAAGAUUCAUUUUGGGGAAAGUUCCCUGUAGUGUGGAGUUAGAAGUUGUGAAGCCUUGCAGCCGGUGCAAUAGUCUUGAAAUUUAGCCCAGGAAUAUGUGAUCUUUUAAGCCAGGUGCAUGUUCUUGGCAUUGUAAUUUCUUUUUCCUCGCACCAUUUUCAUGUGUAAUUCUACCC